CACAGGACUUUGAGCUUGAAACGCAAUGCAACCAAGUCACAGGCGAAAACCCUAACAGGAGCCCAGUCCAUUCAAACCGUUCACUCCGCUUUUAUGUUAAAAGCCGUAAGUGCUUCCAGGAAAGUGGCGAUUUGAAACGGAAUGAAGGGAAGCAGUUAGGGAACUUGGAAGCUUUUAAAGCCGGAGGAAAACUGGGGAGCUGCUCCGGCGAGCUGGCCCGCCCCCCAUUCCCCUUCUCCCCGCUGCGCCACGGGGCGCUUUGCUGGGCACUUUGCGUUUUAAGCGACUGCACUCUUCGGCGCGGUUUGGAGGUUCCAGAUGGGCCCUGGGGGUGUCUUCUGUUUUCCUGUGAUGUCGUCACUGUGAGUGGAAGGAGGUGGUGGACAGAAGGCAUUGCCGGAAGCAACAGUUUGGCAGCCUGGGGUCCGCUCGGGUUCUUCGUUACCGCUAUUGCUAUUUGGAUGUCUUCUUAAAAUGACUGUUAUUUAACCCAGGCCAGCCCACUUCUUACUGUCAUCCACGCAAGAGCUCUUAGCAACCGACUCAGACUUCUGGGACCUAUAACUCUUUGGUAUGAUUCUUCGGAAAGUUCUUGAGCGGGAUGGAGCAAUCUUUACUUAAGCUGCGGAAAAAGGCGGCGGAUUGGUGUUCUUCAUGCUGACAGGGAAUAGCUGCUAUGACUUUUCCGGCAACGUGGCCAGGGGCCAAGGGCAGCUGAACUGGUCAUGGUCUGUCGUCCAGGGUUCCUUUGUCGACGGCGAUUUUGCCCCCGGCCCUUCUUGGUGGGUUUGGUGGUGGCCAUCUGUCUCUUCUACCAGAGCCUGACCCUCCGAGGGACGAGGAAGCUGGCAGCCACUGUGCCCGGGGCUGCCCCCAACACACCCACUGAACCCCAGGCGAGCAGAUGCAAGAGAAGACAUUCUGUGGACGAACCGUGCUUCUUUCUCCCUGGCAAUGCCCCGGAAAUCAGAAAGAUGGAAGAAUCCGUGGAGACCCACUUUGGCAGCCAUGGUCGAAGGGCCAUACUCUACAGGCCUCCCUCCUACAGCACAGUGGAGCUCCGGGUCCACCAGCACAUUCUCGCUCAGCUCGGUUACACAGUGGCCAUCACGGAAGAGAGGUCCGGUCCUGACCUUGGGCUGGAGCUCCUAGGAAAAGGUGAUUUGGGCUCUUGGGAUCUGCUCAUUUGCCUGUCUUCUAGGAAAGCUGCUGGAAAUCCCUGCAUAUCCAAGGAAGAUAUGUGCCAGUUAAGUUUACAUCAAAAGGUAAACAUAUUACCAGAAAUACAGCAUCAGCUUUGCAGAAAGGAAGGCUUAUGUCAAAUAAUUCAAAGAUUUCCAGAACUGCAACUUCCGGUGAGCCCCUCCGUGUGUUUGGACCAGAGCACACAAUUCAAGCUGAGCUCUUGGAGUCACCUUUUAAAAACCGUGAAGCCGCCUAUGUGGAAACCAUGGGCCUGGAGACGUGAGCAACUGGUAAACGUGAGUGAUGUCUUUGGAAGCCAGUAUAAAGUUACACUGCAAACCUUUUUUGAGACAUUCCUGAGGGCCAGUUCGCCUCUCCAGGCUUUGGAUAACAUGAAGGAAGCAAUCAGCAAACUCCUGCUGGCAGCCGAAGCUUUCAGCCCAACGUCUCCUCUGGGACCGAAGGCCUUCCACAGAUGCAGCUUAUGUUUUCAACUUUUCACUUUUGACAUUGGUUAUGGCAGUUUCACAUCCCCGAUGGUGCUCCAGGUGCAUGGGCAUUUGCAUUUUCAAGAUGACGAUAAUAUGGAUUUUGAGGACCAAAACACAGAAGAAUUUCUUUUAAAAGACACUUUCAAUUUUCUCUUCUCGAAUGAAUCUUCACUUUCCAUAUUCUCUGAGAUAUUUCACAGACUCUACAGAUCAGCUGUAUCCAAGGGUGAAAACUACAAAAAGGAACUGAAUCGAUGCCUUUCUUUAGAGGAGAUUAAUUCAAUUAUGACUUUCAUAAAGGAACUUGGGAGCUUGGGGCAAUUCCAACUGCUCUUUCCAUCAACUUCUCCCGGAAUUCAGUCUUGGAUGCGUGAAUUUUACGACACUGCAAAUCCUAUGGGAAAAGCUCGUUCAGUUCUGACCCAACACUUCUCUCUUUUAAAUGUUUUUGAGCAAUUUCAGCUCCUGAAUAAAAAGGCACAGUUACAUCCAUUGGAAUGGCAUUCCUUCUCGGAGGAUGAGAACAUUAAAAAACCACAAGUGCCAUUUGAUGCAACUGAACAUAAAAAAGUUGUGGUUCAACAAAUUAUGAAUGCAACCAUAGAAGUGCAUUGCAGCAAUGAUGAAGACAUACAAUGUCAUAUCAAGCAGAUCUUCACACAGCCACAUUUGGAACUAAGUCCGGAAUUUAACCCGAAGAUCAAAGAUUAUUACUCCGAAGUCCCUUUUGAUGUGGUAACCGUGACGAUUGGAGUGGAGACUUCGAACUGUCAGUGCAAGGUGUACCUGCAUGAACGGGCAGGGCCAAGCUUUGCCAACUACCCUCUGGGCUUAGGAACGAACAGAAUCUCAAUGCUUGUGGUGGAUGAAUCUCCGGCCCACGGUGAGACCCUGAUCACGUACAAACUCACCAUCUAUCGAGAAGACCGCCCAAGUCUGCCCUUGUUUGAGGACUUUAUGGCGUGCGGUUUUGUGCAGGAUUGUGGUUUGCUGAUUCACCCGGAGGAAGCCUGUGGGUUGCAGCCAAUUUCUUCUGACUACAUUGAAGCCAUUUCACAGCCCGAACUAAAAACUUGUCCAUCUGGGGACACAAAAGGCCAGUGGAUCAUGCCUUGCCUUAGUUGUUCAGACAACCGGACCUGUGACUGGAGAGAAAUAACGUGGCAGCCCCACAACUGCCAGUAUGGUGUCCUCACUAAACCUCAGCUGCAGCAGUGCCUGGGAGCAAGGAAGAUUCUUUUCAUUGGCGAUUCAACCAACAGAGGGAUGAUGUACUAUCUGAUUGAAAGACUGAACGAAACCUUGCAGGAAUGGCAGAAGGUGCAUGGCACUAAGUUCUACCACAAUGUCAAUGGCGGGAAGACUUUGAUCAGUUAUUCCUACUAUCCUCAGUUCUGGAUGAGCCCUUCAUUGAGACCAACGUUUGAAAAGGCCCUUGAGCAUCUCCUGCAAAGAUCACGUCCUCUGGAGAAUUCGGGCCAGACUAUAUUGGUCGUUGGUGGUGUUCAGUGGCUUAAUUCCAAUCAUCUGCAAAUUAUUCACAAGGUUCUGAAGAGGGAAAAUUUACUCAAUAUCCUUGUGAUCAUCAAAACUUUGGGAAUCGGAUUUCAUCUGCCAGUGGAUGGAGUGCAUUUCUUAACACAGAGGGAAGUUCAGAACUUAUGGAAAGAAAAUGUGGUUAUUCUGGACACUGCAAAGAAGUAUGGCUACGAAGUGGUGGACACCUUCACUAUAACCAUGGGGCGCUACAAAGAGUUUUUCCAGGGAGCCUGUGGCUGCCAUUUCCAUGAGGUAGUGAAGUCCAAGUUCUUUAAAGAAAAUCACUUGAUUAAAAUAAAACGAUCAAGAAAUCACACUGUGGGAAGAUAUUUCAGCAACCAGAGCAAACUACAGCGGCAGCAAGACUCCCCAAUAAACGUUCAAUCACCGUAUCACGUCCGAGGUCCGAUUAACCAGGUUUGUUCUGAAAUCCUUCUCAGCAGGAUGUGCACGGAGAAAGGAGCUGCGUAGACUCCCUGAUGGGGACUGCAUUUGCAACUGAAGACAAACCACUAACCUGGAUGAUCGUCUAAGACCCACAACCUGGGUGUCGAGUGUAUUUUAGACUGACUACCUGCCUUCAUGCACACCAGCACACGGUUACACACCAAUGCACACGUAGCUUUAAAAAAAAACCCGUAAUAACACUUUGUUCCUACCACUUUAUAAAGUCAAGAUGUGCACUUAAAAAUCAGCUGGUUUUCCAUGUGAACGACAGAGCCAGGAAAAGGUUACUCAACAUAUAAUAUGAACAAGAACCACUGCGGGCUAGGGAUUGCAUUGUGACAAUAAAAAGAAAUACAGGCACUUGAAUUAUGGGAGAAAGGCUAAUGCGUUGAGCGUUGUGUUAUAUUCUCUAUUGGCCUGUGAAUACGGAGAAGGGUAAAAAGGCAAUUACAUUCCACUUGCAAGUAGGGACUGCACUUGCGCCCUUCACCAGGAGAAAACGUUAAUGUGGCUUCGGCCUUGUGAAUCUAAUGCUUACGAUAAACAUUUUUCCUAUGCUUUUCACGUUUUAUAACUGAAAGGGAAAGAAUAGGAAUGUUCCACAAGGGAAUUCAAAUGGAUUCUAUGAGAUGAGAAGUGUAACAUUUGACCGUUAAAACACCAGUAUGUUUAACUUUACACUCUGUAAUUUUCAGAAACAUUCCCUCCUAUCCUGUCCUUGAACUUGGAUAGGUAACUGCAGACUAAGUUGAUUAAAUGUGUGAUUUUUAAGUGCGAAACAAAAUAUAGUUCCCCAUGUAUUACUUCGUUUCAUUGACAGUAUUACUUCAGAAAGCUUUGGUUUGCCAAUAGAGCCCUGUGUAAUGUAAGGUUACAAUUACAUUUUAUGUAAAUAUUUUGCAAAGGAUUAGGCAUUCUCAAGUGCAUAGGCAUUUAUUUCCAUAAAGCACUUACUGUACAUGUCCACAAAUACUCCUAUGUUACUAGUAACUAUAUUUUUAUUUUCCUGAACAACUGUAUCUAAUUCAAAUUUAGAGUAGGCAUAAAUUAUUUUUUAUUAAAACUGUGGCAUACAUAUAAAACACACCUAAUUCUAGUAUUUAGAACUUUUUCUUCUAUAUUUUCAUUUCAAAAUAGUAAAUUUCUUUAUUUUACAAAUGCUUUGUUGUGAGAUAACAUCUCACAGUAACAAUGGUUUCUAAAGAAUUAAUUUCCUUUUGGGGUGGGGGGGAAAGAGCUGAGAAGGUUAAUUCAACACAUGGCUGAAAUUACCAAGUGCACAAAUACCUCAAUUUUACUACCUUACGAAACAUAAAACUAUUUUGAUCAAUGAGUUCCUUAGUAUGAAUAUCCACCUCCUUUAAAUACUCUAUUUUUAUAUAUAUUUUUAUAUGAAAGUAAACAUGACGUUAUAUUUAACUGCCUUAAAUUAUAUUUAAGCACAAAUAUCACUUGAUAUAAGCAAUACAUAUCUGCAUCUGAUAGAUGAUAGAUUUUUUAAAAGAGUGGUACAGAAUUCACUUUUAAAGUGAAUGUUUUUUUCUAAUAUCUGCAGCUAUACACAUGCACCGUUUUUAGGUUUUUCCAUCAUUUUUUAAUGAAAUAAGAUGUUGCCAAUUUAUGCAGCCUCUCUCUCAAGUUUUAACAUAUUAUAUUCUCUGUAACAGGAUAUAGCCAGUGCCUGAUUCUUGCAAUUUACUGUCAACAUAAUUGCAAUAACUGUCUACCUGAGGUUUGUCUGGCAUUUAACUCUUCGCCAUUGAAAUAAUAAUGGAUUUAAGACACAAUUGUAAUGUUAUUAAUAAAUGUCUUAGUAA